CAGCGACACAGCAGAGUGUAUUUGUGAAUCGCUCCCAGUGCUCUCACACCAAAACAGAUACGACAAAGGGACGCACAUGGAAGACAGCAUGCGCCGAGGACCUUAAAUCACAGAGUGCUUCAGUGAACAGCGUAUACCCGGCCCCAGUGGCAGAAAGAUGCUGUAAAGGCGCUGUGCGGUCUGGAACCCCGGCACGGCACGGGACACUACUGGGACCGUGCACUCCUGCGCUGCCUGCAUCUUCGGACUUUAAAUAACAUCGGAGUUUUGGUCACAUGCCUCCUCUGCAAUUGAUCAUUUGAAGGACACUAGUUCUUGCUUAUAAAGAACAUGACCAAGGAGGUAUAGUCCACUUGACUUUUGGUCUUUCCAGGAUGGGAUCUUUAAGAAAAAGUCGCUCCAGGACAAUUGCCAUUGGACAGGAAUAAUGAAACAGAACUGGUUAUUUUUUCCACUUAUCUAGACAAUGUUUUUGUGCCACGAAGAAAUGCGUAUCGGAAAAUACUUUGACCUCUCAAGCGUGCAUAGAAAGUACACGUAUUAUGUCAAUUUUCGGACGUAAAAAAGAAAAGGCGAGGAUACCGGUUACGUGCGUACUUGGACAUAGACUCGCACCUUUGGAGAAUUAACAAUUAUUCCGCAUCAUUGAGAAGCGAUCCGACGGAGCAGAAGACAGCGCGCGGAUGUCUGGCAAAGCAGCCGUCAUGUGGGAUUGAUUGCAGGGGAGUAUGUUUGGGCUGGAGCAGUUUGGUUCCCAGAUUAAUAGCAGAAACCCUGGCCAGUCUGAGAGAAACAUAAACCAACCAAGACUGAACAUGGGCUCCCAUAAAAGCCCCGGCUUUCACGCUGGAGGCCCACCGGGAGCCGUGGAGCCCGGCAUGGGCCCCAUGAGCGAGCCCCAGAUGCUCGGCCUCAACAUGAACAUGAAUGGAGAGCAAUACGGGGGUUUCCACCCGCGGCCCCAUUCGGACAUGCACCCUGGCGGACUGCAGCAGCAGGGACCCAUGCAUGGAUUCUUCAACAACCAGCAACCUCAUCAAGGACACCCCCAUGGCCACCAGCCUCAUCCCCAACAGCACCACCCUCACUUCAGCGGAACUUUUGGCCCAGAGUCUGGCUCUUCAUGUCUGCAUGGAGGCAGGCUCAUGGGCUAUAACAACAAUGGCAUGGGACCACAGCAAGGUUUUGGAGAGGGAUUUGACCCUCUGUCUGAGGGGCAAACAGGAGAGGGUUUUCCUCAGCAGCAGCGGACUGGUAACCUCCCUGACUUUCAGCAUCAUGGUCCUCCCAGUGGUGCUGUUCCUGCCCCCUGCCUUCCCCUUGACCAGUCCCCAAACCGGGCAGCAUCUUUCCAUGGACUCCCUUCAUCCUCAUCGUCAGAGUCCCACGGCCUAGAGCCUCGGAGAAUGCCUAACCAGGGUGCUGUCGAAGGAUUAGAAUAUAACUUUACCAGUGAACCUCCAUCUGGACAUUUUGAUGUUCCUGUCUUUUCACCAUCUGAUUCAGAGUCACAGCUACCCCAUUUUGGCCCUGGACGGCCUGUUCCCAGUGGAAAUUUUCCUGCUAACCCUGGCAUGCCCCGUACCCCAGGUAUACAGAGUAUAUCUAAAGGACAUCAGCCCCCACAGCCCCAGCAGUUUUUUGAGCGUUUUGGAAAUGGUCGAAAGGUGCCUGUGGGAAUAGAGCCUGGAGUUGCGAGACAUCCUCUCAUGCAGCAGCAACAACAGGCUGGCUUGAUAGGCAGGCAGAAUUCCUGCCCCCCUGGCCUCCCCCGACCCCCUCAGGCUGAGCCCAACUCUAACCCCAACAUUCUAGACGGUGGGGUCAUGAUGCCUGGCCAACACAACCAGUUUGAAUAUCCCAUUCAUAGACUAGAAAACAGGGGUCUGCAUCCUUAUGGGGACCCCAUGUUUAAUAUGCAACAGCCCGCUCCUCCCUCCCAACAACCUCCAAACCAGCGACUACAACAUUUUGACUCCCCUUACAUGAAUAUGGCCAAAAGGCCCAGAUUUGACUUUCCAAAUGCACAUAGCGGUGAAGGCUGGUGUGGGGGGAUGGACAACCAUCUCUCCCCUUCAGCCUAUUCUGGGCUGCCUGGUGAGUUCACCCCUCCGGUGAAUGAGGGCUUCCCUCCAGGGCCACUUCAGCACCCAGGCCCGGAGCAACAGUCUCUGCAGCAGAGACAGAAUGCAGCUAUGAUGAUAAAACAAAUGGCAUCUCGAAACCAGCAGCAGCGGAUGAGACAACCCAGUUUACAGCAGCUGGGUCACCACGGCGACAUGCCUCCAGGUCCCAUGACUCAUGCUGGCCCGGUCGGGAGCAUGUCCCAGGCCAACUUUGACAGGGAAAAUGGUGGCAGAGUGCCCAAUAUUGAUGGACAGAAUCCUCAUAUAACUCAGGAGAACUCCUGGUUCCAGGGGUCCCACCCUCCAGGGGAGAUGAUGUCACGGCGUAUGGGUGGGGCUGGUAAUGAGUCUGGGCCUCACGACAUGGGUAUGCAACAGAGUGGUGCUGGGAUGAUGUUUAGGCCCGGCAUGGGCAUGCAGGAGCCCAUGAGGAUACCAGGAGAUGUCCAGGCUCUCCACUCACCGGGCAUUCACUCACAGUUUAGUGGCAAUAUGGCUAACCUCACUCAAAUGCAGUCUCCAGGAGCAGGCGCAGGGCAUCCCAACUCUGCCUCAGAAAGGAGGCCUGCUGACUUUUCUGGACCUCCAAUGGGGGCUCAGCCAAACUACCCCUAUGGAGGAGCUAACCGCCAGGGCCCUGCUCACUCUGGUCCCCAGGGGGUGAGCACUUCACCUGGGAGCUUCCCACCCCAGUCUGAAUUUCCCUCAGGUCAGCGCUCGUCCGUUAGUAAGCUGGGAGCACUGUCCCUUGGGAAUUUCAGCAAAACCAGCUCUAAAGACAGUGUUUUUGGCCAGAGCUGCCUGGCGGCCCUCUCUACAGCCUGCCAGAACAUGAUUGCUAGCCUAGGAGCACCUAAUCUGAACGUAACAUUCAACAAGAAGAACCAAAAUGAGGGCAAACGAAAACUGAGUCAGACAGAACAGGACAUUAAUAGCAGCACAUCUAAUGGCACUGGCAGUGCUGGUCCGGAAUAUUUUCAGAGCAGUACUUCCCAGAACAGCCAGAUGCCUGGCACCGGGAAUAGCAACUCUAAGCCUGCCAGUCAAAGCCAGACGGUGCAGGGGGAAGCCAGUGCCCUCUCCCCAAAUUACAACAUGGACGCUACCCCGUGCAGUGAGGGGAAGGCAACAACAGGGAGUGGGAGAGGGAGAGGGAGGAGAAAAAGAGACAGUGGACAUGUAAGCCCUGGAAUUUUUUUUUCCUCUGACAAUGGUAACCCUGUUGUAAGUCCAGGCCAGCAAACCCCCACAGCUGGCAUUGGGGAGAGGGGAGGGGGCACCCCUAAUGAGAAACACCUCCACUCACCCUCCUGGGGUAAAGGAGGUGACCUGAUGCUGGGGGACCAGGCUGAUUUGAUGUCAUCUUUGGACAGUGGCAUUCAAAGUGUGGCCAAGUCUGACAGCAGCUCUCCACGAGUGGACUUUUCUGACGAUGUCAGCGCCCACUUCGGCAACGAGGAUGAGGUGUCCUCAAGUUCAGACGCUGGGGGGGCCUCUGCCGCCAAGUCUAACCGCAGCCCCAUGCUCACUGGCUCCCCCAAAGUGCAGAGAGGUGAACAUGGGCUGAUAAACGGACAGAAGCCCCCGGGCAUUAACAAUCACACUACCUCGACACCUGACAGCUAUGGACUAAAUACUGGAGGCACAGGCGGAGGAGUGAGCCACCCGGGCACUCCUGGAGUGGAGCAGGUACGCACACCUUCCAGCACCUCGGGACAAGACGAGAUCCACCCUUUGGAGAUCCUCCAGGCCCAGAUCCAGCUCCAGCGGCAGCAGUUCAGUAUAUCCGAGGACCAGCCUUUGGCCAUAAAAAACGGCAAAAAGAACGGAGACGGUUCCUCACAGAACGAAGACAAUGAGCUGGCGAGCUGCAGCCCGGAUGCUGGGAAGGGCUCAAUGGGCACUAUUGACCUUGACACCCUGAUGGCAGAGCAGCAUGCCACCUGGUACGUGCCCAGCGACAAAGCCAUGAUGGACGGGUCAGAGGACGACAAGGCCAUGGGACCCUGGGAAAAAAACAAGAACCAAAUUAACUCAAAAGAAGAACCGGAGCUGUCUUCCCAGAGUAAGCCUGGCUCUGGUGGUCCCGGGGCAGCUGCAGGAGCGGGGGGAGGUGCUGGGGGAACCACUGGAGGAGGGUCCCACCUGCAGUGCCUGUCUGUCCACUGCACUGAUGAGCUAACAGGGGACAGUAAAGGACGAGGAGGGCCUGUCACAUCCUGGAGGUCCCUGCACUCGGAUAUCUCCAACCGUUUCGGAACAUUCGUGGCUGCGCUCACUUGAAGAGGAAAAACAAAACAAAAUAUUUUAAGAAAAAGCUUCAGAGAUGAUGAAAUGUCGAUGAAGCAUGCAGCUCUUGCCUAUUUGGGAAGAGGGACAUUUUGACACUUACAAUGCAACACACAAAUGGUUUCGGUUACUCACACACUGCUGGACUCUACAGUAUAUGGGCUCUCCUCAGCUACGCCCACUUAUGGAAAACCUCAAAUCAUUUUUUUUUCCUUUAAUUAUUUUGAUUUCAUUUGAAGAAAAUUGUCAAAAGAGAAAGACGAAUAUUCAGAUGUUAUUGGCUUCGAUUGUAUAUGAGUGUUGAGUCUUGUGGCCCAUUACGUUUGCUCACUAACAGCUUGUCUGCAUUGACCCCAUGUAAUGUGUACAAUAUCUUCUUAGUAAAUUGCAAAUGCCCUUUUUAAAUUUUCAGGGAGAAAUUGGAAUGCUGUAAGGAAAGUUGGGACAGUGGGGUGCAUGAAUGUAAAUCAAAAGAAGAAGAAAAUCCAUUGUUUUUAACCCGCUAAUGUUUUUGAAUGAAAUUUUUGUAGAUCCAUGUUGCUUUAACUUCCCCAGCCAAUCGUAUAGCUAAUAAUCAUUCAUGAAAAACUCAAACACUUGUAUACAAAUCAGCCAAUAGGCACUGACAGUGGUGGUCUAGCGUUGUUUCAUAAGGGAAGUGAAAAGACUAUUGGUAUUGCACAUGUAUAAUAAAAUAAAAUUUGCUGUGUGUUAGGCAAUCUUGUAAUCUUUGAAAUAAAGCUUCUGUUGAAUUUCUGAAAACAAUAGAUGGAGGACUGUGACGGCAAUUUACAAACUGAUUUUUUUUCUGUUCGUUUUCAUUUUUUAAAUAAUAUGUAAAGUGCAGUCGUCUGUUUUCCUGCAUAUUGUAUAUAUCUGUAUAUGUUUUAUUGAGUAACUAAAUAACAAUAAAUAUGAUGUUAAAGGUG